GCCGUCGCAAGAUAACAGCUGCAGCGGCUAAAAUGAAGCGUAGCUCAUUAAUUAUACCUCAGAGUGACCUCUCUCCUAUGUACUGAGGUUGUGACACCAUAGGCUUGUCCCUGUUUGGCAGCUCCCCUCAGCCAUGGCACCGGUGACACUAUCCUGAUAUCAUACUUACGCCGCAAAGUCAAUUAGCUCGCUCCGCAACCUUAUUAACCUCGACCCAACCUCACUCCUGAUCGACACUGUACCUACCAGACAUACCAAAUAAUUUUCUGCAACAACAUGCAAUCAGUUCUGCAACCCGUCCUCGGACCCCAUAAGGAGAUCCACGAUCUCACCGGUCGCGUCGCCCUCAUCACCGGCGGUGCGCUGGGUAUAGGGUAUGAGAUCGCUCGCGCAUUCGUCCUCAACGGCGCCAAAGUCUACAUGACCAACCGCAAAGAAGAGCAAGGCCAAGCUGCGAUCGAACAAAUCAAGAAGGAAGCGGGCGAGAAGGCGCAGAUAGAAUGGUUCCCCUGUGAUAUGGGUAACUUGAAGCAGAUCAAGGAGGUGUUUGAAGAUUUUACGAAGAAGGAAGAGAGAUUGGAUCUGUUGAUCCUCUCAGCCGGAAUCAACGCAAACCAAUACGGCGAGACACACGACCAGAUCGAUCGCCAUUUCGAAGUCAACUGGCUGGGCCAGUUCUAUGUCGUGAACUUGGUCUACCCGCUGCUACGAAAGACAUCCAAGUUGCCGGAUACCCCGGCGCCGCGGAUCGUGUUUGAGACGUCCGAGCAGCAUCGCAUGGCGCCGAAGAAUGUGCAUUUUGCGACUCUGGAAGAGAUCAACAACCCGGAAGUCGGCAACCUGGAGCUCUACGGACGGACUAAGUUGGCUAUUAUUCUGGGUGUGAAGUACGGCUUGUUGGAUCGGGUGAUCAAGCCGAACAAGGAUGAUAUCUAUGCACUUUCGGUGCAUCCUGGCGCGGUAAACACGGCAAUGCAGCAGCAGUGGAAGGAUGCGUAUCCAGGUCUUCUGGGCAAGCUUCUGACGACCGUGAUGCUGGCCGCUGGACGGACAGUCGAGCAUGGAUCAUUCAGCGCACUCUAUGCGGCAACCAGUCCGGAAAUUGAAGAGAAAGGCUGGAAUGGCUACUACUUCAACGACCCUGCAAAGCCCGGAAAAGAGUCUGCUCAGGCCUCGGACCCUUCAUUAGGCGCUGCCCUGUGGGAGCUCAGCCAUAGGAUCAUCAGAGAGAAGGUGGGCGAGGAUGCUAUUGUUGACUGGAAUGCCAGUGCAUAAGGCAAUGUAUUUAGUCUGUAUACCGAGUAAUUAGCGAUUGAAUCAUAUUUUGUCAUGGACUGUUGUCGA